CAUAAACUUCAUGCUCAUGUUCUUAAGGAGUCCGUCAGUCUGGCUUAUGUUGAUCCUGUGUCUACCAACUGCACACCCAGCAUCUAGCAGAGACUAGCCCUGAAGCAGUAAAAGCAGGACAGACAGUUGAACAACAGCAGAGGCUCAUGAUCUUUCUGUUAACUGAAAGCAGAACCUUCAGUCUCAAGUCUUUCACUACUACAUUUGUUUGAGACUGAUUGCAACUUUUACAUGCAGACGAUUUUGUCAGAAUACAAAACUUUUGGAUCUUUAACAACAUGGGACAGAGUUUUUCACAAGUUUGUUUACUGCUACAGAAACCUUUGUGACUAUUUCAAAGAGCAGUUAAAAUAUUUGGAAACUUUUCUUCUGAUUCUGAAACUUCACUGCAAAACGCACACAGGAAAAGGAAUCAGAAUUUUCUCAGAGACCAGAGAUUUCUUCUCAGCUUUCUCCCAGUCAACAUGAAUUCAUUCACCUGGACCUUGUGUCUGUUGUUAAUCAGUCUCAUGUCAGCAGGAGGCAAGAGGGAACAACUUCAAGCCAGAAGCAAUGUUGCAGAACAUUCCGUUAUUCAUAACCGUAACAGACGUUCACCUAACAGCAGCAACAAAUGUUCCUACACAUUCUUGGUCCCAGAUCAAAGGAUAACUGGUCCAAUUUGUGUCAGUUCAAAAGGGCCAGAAAGAGAUUAUAAUGGAAUAACUAGAAUGGAUGUGGAGGACCUAAAGGACAUUAUGUCCAAGCAGAAAAGGCAAAUUGAAAACCUUCAGCUCUUAGUGGAAGUGGAUGGUGGCAUUGUGAAUGAGGUAAAACUGCUACGAAAGGAGAGUCGGAAUAUGAAUUCACGUGUAACACAACUUUAUAUGCAGCUCCUACAUGAGAUUAUUCGUAAAAGAGACAACUCACUGGAAAUUUCACAGCUGGAGAACAAAGUUCUUAAUUCCACAGCUGAAAUUCUGCGAAUGGCCACCAAGUAUAAACAAUUGGAAAAGAAGUAUGCAGGACUAUCUACUCUUGUUAAUAAUCAGUCUGUGAUCAUAACCAAAAUGGAGCAGGAAUGCAUUCGUAGUCUUACUCCUAGAGAACAUGAGCCACCACCCCUUGUACAAGUCGUACCACAGAAUAUACCUCGUAGCAGGCAAUUACAGAGCAAUUUGUUUGGCAGUAAUGAAAUACAGAGAGAUCAAAAUCCUGCAUUUGCACGAGAACGGGGGCUUCGGUCCAGAGCACCCUUGCAUGAACCUUCAUCUACAACUGUCAGUACUUUGGAAUCACCAGUUACUGAAGAGCCCGAUGGUCCCUGGAAGGACUGCUACCAUGUCCGGCAGGCUGGAUAUGCAAACAGUGGCAUGUACUUGAUCAAACCUGAAGGCACAGAGAAACUAAUCCAAGUCUGGUGCGACCAUAGCCAUGAUCAGGGAGGCUGGACAGUAAUCCAGCGUAGGGUUGAUGGGGCAGUCAAUUUCUUCAGGAACUGGGAUAACUACAAGAGAGGUUUUGGCGACAUCGAUGGAGAACAUUGGCUUGGACUAGAGAAUAUUUACAGGUUGACUGCACAGGGAAACAACAAGCUGUUCAUUAAAUUGGAAGACUGGAGUGAUAAAAUAGUGUACGCUGAGUACACUGCCUUCAGAAUAGAGGAUGAAGACGACAAUUAUAGGUUACGCGUUGGCAGCUAUCAAGGGAAUGCAGGAGACUCUCUUGCAUGGCACAAUGGCAAACAGUUUACAACACUUGACAGAGACAGAGAUUCAUACUCAGGUAACUGUGCCCAUUUCCAUAAAGGUGGCUGGUGGUAUAAUGCCUGCGCACACUGUAAUGUGAAUGGAGUAUGGUAUCGUGGAGGUCAUUAUCGCAGCAAGUAUCAAGAUGGACUCUACUGGGCUGAAUUUCGAGGGGGUUCAUAUUCUCUUAAAAGUGUAGUUAUGAUGGUCAAACCUGAAUAACACACUGGUAAACAAGUUAGAUAUCGCCCCCCCCCCCCCCCCCCCACAAAUAUGAUCAUAAUGUACUAAAAAUGUAGGAGUGUUUCAAGAGCAGAUCAUGUGCUUUGUUCAAAAAGCAUUAUGUUUCACAAUGUUGAAAAAUCAUUUAACUACAAAAAUUGAGUCAUUACCUGAUAAAAUACUUCAGGAAGCAAAGGUUCUAAAAGUGUUAUGUGCAUUUGUGUUUAAUGUUCAUUGAUACUGUGCUGAACAACUUGCACUAUAAAGGCAGUGCUACCUUCUGAUAUAGAAGGUGCAUGAUUUAACCAGAAUACUUUGUAACCCAAUAAAACCACAAUGCUAUGAUUAAUCUUUGGAUAUAUAUUAAUGCUAUAUUUUAUUAAAACAGACAAUUGUUUAAUAA